AUGGAGCUGAAAGUUAAUGUGGAUGGUUAUGUACGUGUGGUGUGCGGAGUUACUGAGGAGACUACCUGCCAGGAUGUAGUGAUUGCUUUGGCUCAUGCUAUGGGCCGUACAGGACGCUUUUCAUUGCUGGAAAAAUGGCGGAUACAAGAGAGAUCUUUACCUCCCUGGGAGCGGCCAUUACAAGUUCUUCAGAAAUGGGGUGAGUAUGCUGCAGAGGUGCAGUUUACGCUUCAGCAGACUGACCGUGAAGAUGUGCGGAAAGCAACUGAUGCAAUCAAUAAAGUGGGUAUCAGUGGACCAGAACGAUGUACCCAGAACUUUUCCCCACUGCCACCUGUAGAAUCAAAUGUAAAGCGGUCAUUGACAUUCAGUGGUGCCCACUGUUAUUCCCAGUCCCAAAAAAUGGGUGGUACCAGUACGUUUGUGCGCCACAGUAUUCCUCACAGUACCCCUGAACAAUCCACAUCAUCAUAUCACACAACAAAACAUCCGCAAAACCAUUGUCCAAAGCCAGAUUACCAUCAAUACAAUCAGCAACAAACUACUUCUUCACAACCUCACAAAAAUUUCCGCCAAAAACCCCAUCCCCAACAGUACCCUCAGCAUAAACCACUCAGUACACAACCAAACUGGCCUCAAAACUUCAGCACCUUCUCAAAUCCCCCAAAGCCUAUCUCUUCGAUUAAACCUCAGCCCAAACCCCGAACACUAAAGUCAGUCACAGAAAAACUGCCCUCACGGACAGUAGGAACUGUAUCCCCUAUUCAAAUUCAAGGACAGUCGACCUCUGUUGGUCGUGCCACCUCCCCUCACAGUCGAUUCUCACAGGGCGAAGCAAGAGCUAAUACGGAUUUGGAUGAAAAUCAUGCUGAAUGUUAUGUGAUGCAAGGAGAGAAUGAAUUUGAAAAGGAACCAUCAGAGGACCCAGAUUCCCAGGCACUGCUUCAGUUAAUCAAUAUACAACAUGAGGAACUUGAAUUGCAGAAAGGUCGUAUUAAGGAUAUUGAUUUGGAAAUAAUUUCUGUUGAGAAAUUGAUAGAAACAGAGAAACAAAUUGAAGAACUGCAAAGCCUGUCAGAUGAUUACGAAGAAGAAAUGGUCAGCCUUGAACCCUGGCCCCAAAUACUUGAUGAAGAGCAGCACACAGAGCAGGCAUUGUAUUCCGAGAUGAGCAGCUAUAAGCAAAAGAUUGAUGAAUGUGAGGACAGAUUGCAAAAAGCACAAAGUCGCAUCUCUGAACUAACUCGGGAACUUGAGUUAGAGGUGUCCAAAAUUGAAGACGAGAUUAGUGACAUACAAGACAAGAUUAAAAAUGGGAUAAUGGAAGGUGAUAAGUAUCAGGAGGCCAUCAACAGUAUCAACAAGGAGAUAAGUGAACUGGAUUAUGAACUUGAGAAAAAGCAGAUGGAGGAGUCAAAACUUUCUGAAGAAGUCAAGCAACUGAACUUGAAAGAACUUGGUCAAAAGCCAAUUUUGGAAGCAACCAAGCUCUCGGAAACUGGUGAAGUGAUUUUAAAAUUAUUAGAGAAACAGCAACAAUUUACUCGACAGGGAAGUGGAUCAAAAAAAGCUGCUGGAUCUAAGACAGAAAAUGAAACUGUCACUACAAGUGUAGAACCAAAGCCCAUGACUAAUGAUGGUGUCUGGGUUUAA